AUGACUUCUCAGUACGUUUAUAACGAUCCCCUCGCUGUUAUAUAUAAUGAAAAUCAAUGGCGAGUAUAUAAAGUCUCUCCAAUGCAUAGCUUACAGUACAAUGCAAUAAAAUUAAAACAAUAUGCUUCCAAAGUACGUCAAGCAUUUGUUAGCACGAUUACUACAAAUACUGUAUUAAAUUUUAAAGUUCUUUUUGAGGAAUUGCCCUUACUAAAAUACUCUGAAGAUGAUUCAAACGGUCUAAUGAUAACAGUUACUUCAAAUUCACAGGAAAAGACUAAUGAUAAUAGUAAAACAGUAUAUUCUGCUAUCCUUUUAUCAUGGGGUGUAAGUACAACUUUGGAUAAUGCAAUCCAUCUUCCAUACAUGUUAGAGAAAGGAGAACAAAAAGUUAGUACUGUAGUGAAGAGUACUUUACAAACAAUAUUUGACUGUAAUAUAAAGCAGUAUAAUUUCACACAGCAUCAAUUAUUACAGUUUAGUUUUAACUUUGUAAAAAAUGAUAAUUCAAAAAGUACAGAACCAUUUAUUUUAAGUUAUAAAACACCAGGUGUGAAUCACAAGAACAAGUUGACUUUAUCUUUAGAAGUUGGAGACAUACAUACCAUUUUGAAUGGGAUAAAAGAAGAUACGAGUCAUGAUUCUGAAUCAAUUACUUUAGCAUAUCAAUUCCUACAGAAUCAAAUAUAUAAUAUGUUCACCCUAGACAUCACUAUAUUUGAUCUGUGCGAGGUUCGGUUACCAAAAGCUGGAGUAAAGAACAAUGGAGUUGUAAAGAUGAAGACACCUGAAAUUGUUAAUUCAGUUUUCACUGUAUUAAACAAUAUAACAAGCAGUUUACAUGUAGAUUUAAAA